ACCCUCCCACCCCCAAAUUCGCUGGCCGACUUCGUCCGUCUGACCAAGCGGAUGUUGUUAUAUGUUGUCUAUGGCCUAGCCCAGGAAGAGCAUGCGGCGUCAAUCGGUUUGUGCAUGCCACUGCACGCUACGGCACACGGUCCGUUACUGCUCACACAGCGGGGCCGAGCAGCCACUACAGACUCCGGGGAGUACACGCGUCCUUUCAGAUACAGCAGCAAAUCCAUCAGUUUCUCUUCAAUUGUCUCCCCAAUCUGAGCACACUACAAACAGCCAUAGAUUCCCAGUACAAAGAGCGCUGUCGGGGGUGUAUCUGUGCCGCCGCAGCGAACAACGUCAUGCUUCUCAUCUGUGCAAAAUCAAUUCCGUUCCUUGUCCCGCCGGAUGUAUCCCAGUACGAAUUCCAAUCGGGGACAGACCAUAGAGGUGCCCAUCAUGUCCGCUUGUACACUGUGCAACGUGGGUCGGUCGCCGCUGCGAACUUCGUUGACCCGGUUCCGUACGUCGCAGAGUUGCGAGACUGGAACCCUCGACAAUCGGGGGCGCUCGAGCCAAUAUAGGGCUCCAUCUCGGCACGACACACCACGUUC